AUGGUUGUCUGCCAAGCAUGUUACGAAGACCAUGUGAAUGCCCGUCACUGGGCGGACAAGUUUGCACUUUCAACAACUCAGCCACCCGACGCGCAGUGGGCAUGCGAUAUGGCUGUUGAACACAUCCAGCGCGAGUACCGCUAUCGAGCAGAUAUGGAUGAUUACCCAAGCUUCGUCCAGCAAGUAAAGCGUCGGCUGUACAUGCCAGCUUGCGAGAAGAAGCUCGUCGUGCUUGCGCUGCACACAUGGUACACUCCAGUCAAUGGCCCUAGGCAAGUUCUCGUCUGCGAGACCUGUUAUUGCGACAAAAUUGUGCACACUGGCGAGGAGGUCAGGUGGCGCAGGGUCGGCAACAUGCCAGCGGACUACGGCAAUCAAGCCCAUUGCGCCCUUGGCCAUUUCAAUGUCCGUAUCGCAUGGGGUCGAAGCGAAGAUUGUCAGGACUACUCCAUUUUCUGGCAUGCCUUGCACGAAAUCUACCGCCAGCCCAAAUGCGACCCGAGCGGUAUGCGAGGAGCCAACUGGUAUACCCUGACAUCGCGACCCGCCAAUUUCGAGAUCUGUGGUGCUUGCUUCGCCGGUAUUGCCGAGCCCGCAGGCCUGUCAUCGCACUUCGUUCGAAGGACUGACGUUCCAAGUAACAAGACGCUCGUGUGCGACUUUAGCACCGGCAGCCCGCGGUUCUUGGCCUACAUAUCUAAAGCGCUCGAGGCUUACUACCUGCGCGAUAUAAGUCCGCUUGAGUCUUUCGUGCGCGACUACGCAAACAUGCCGGUGUGCCGGCGUGAUGAGGACUUUGAGAAUGGAGUCUGGUACGGCUGGGAGGACUGCACGAUUUGUCCGAGCUGUCACCACGAGUUUGUUAAAGAUACCGCCUUGGCAUCAAAAAUGCCGCUGCAGGGUGUCGUUCGCAAGGGCCACACGAUGUGUGAGAUGUAUAGCCCCAGAAUGCGUCGUCUGUAUGCGGAAGCGUGCGCACAGUCUCCCCCGAAUGCGGCGAACCUGUUGGCCAUUUCGGCCGAACGCAGAACAAUUUACAUCAAAACCAUGAUGGUCUGUCGUCGCAUGUUGAUUCAACAACAGAUACAGGCGCUACAAGCGCAGACGCUCGGUAUUCAGGGAUCAUUCUAUACGAAUAUGGGUCAUAUGCAGUCGAUCACGACGCCAUCACCAUGGGAGUAUAGCAUGGCCGGCGUCGGCUACGGCUUCGCCAACCAAAAUGAGCUGACGGGUGCUAUUUACAACAAACAAUCUUCGGAAAUGUCGUUGAAUGCGAUGGGUUCUGCGGCUAAUGUUGGACUGCUCGAGCAGCAGUGGAGAGCCGUCGAGUAG